AUGUGGAAUAUUUCAUCGCCCACGCACUCGGAGUCACUGCUAAUUGACAAUACGUACUAUUGUGACUAUGGCAUGGGCAAGAGCAAGUUGUGUCUAGGUAUGAAAAUACAUAUUCAAAAUAGGUGCAAUUCAGCAUAGCGAAUCACUCUGGAGGGACCAGAGCCUCCCUGGUUGCAAGGCCCCCUUAAAGCGGCGUUUUUGGGGGCCUCGGGUGUUGGAAAAACCAGCCUCUUGCAGCAAUUCUUCAAGCAUGACUUUAGCGGGCGUCACAUUGCGACGGGACGCAGGAACACAUACAGAAGCUGCGUGGUGUGCGACACAAGCAUUCGCGAGCUGAUAGUGUUUGAUAUUCCAACACCGAAACGCUUUCCAACUGAUAGUCUAAUGGAAUUUAAUAACGGCUACUUAGGCUUAAGAAAUGUCCAUGCUUACGUUUUGGUCUUCGAUAUGGGCAAUCUGGAGACAUUUCAGUAUUGUCGCUCGAUGCGAGACCAAAUUCUGGAAAGCUUCAGUCAUCGUGAUUUUAGCAUUAUGGUAGUUGGUAACAAAUUCGAUUUAAUUGCCGAGACAAAUCCCCAUUCACAGGAGCUGAAGGAUAUUUCCACCCUCGUGCGGAAACACUGGAGGUGUGGCUAUGUGGAAUGUUCCGCCAAGUUCAACUACAAAGUGGGCGAUGUUUUCCGGGAGCUCAUGGGCUGCACCAUCACUGGUGGCUCCGUCGGCAACGAGUUCAUCCAGUCCUCCCGCGGCAAGAGCAAAUGCAAUAUUCUCUAAACGAGCAGACGAGGAAUUCUGUAGCUGACAUUAACAAUAAUACUCGACAGCAUAACUGAUAUAUUUCCAAAUGGACACCAAUUCUGUCCCUCUUUGGGGCUCUUUUUGCUUCCUGCCUCCUCGAAAACUUCACUCCCACACCAGAAAUGCAGCAUCAGCAGCCGCUCUCGAGGAGACACAGCAAAUAGCACUAAAAUGUAAAUAGCCAGAGAUACAAAAGCAACAAAACCACAGUGUAAUAUAAAUUUGCAUUAAGACGGACAUAGUAAAGUGCACACAUAGUGAAGAGGCCACAAAAAGGAGGAAAAUACACACUCUCAAAUGAGAAACAUACAAUAAUUGUGAAUAUUUUUAGAUAACGUGUUUGAGGUAAAAGCAAAACGAUAAAGGACGAGGCAAGGAGUUAGAAUUUCUUGUACAUACAACAAUUACAUUAGGCGAACAACAAAAUGCUGAUAAAAGUUGAAUAAUUGAUUCUAGAUGAUAUGAAAAUUCUUGUUGGAUUUUUAUGUGAUAAUUUAUAACAAUAUAUUGAUAAUCUAAUGGGCGAUAAAUUGAACAAAAGAGGAGCUCAAAUAUGAACGCACAAAUUGCUCCAAAAGAAAAAUAAGACAUGAGUUAUUGGAGGAAGAAGGAAAACCCGUGAACCCCACCGGAAAAUGUUCGUUCAAAAGAUUUAGUGUUAAGUCAAAACUACACGGCAUUUAAUAUCCGGUUAAACUCACAAGAUCGAUGUGCCAAUUCUUUCUCUGAUUUUCACUCAUUCUAAAAAAAAUCCCUUCUAAAUGCAAAUGCACAUAUUAUGCGACUUCCCUGAAUCGUCACAAAAGUGAGAAGAGAGCUAUUGUAAAAGUUUCAUUAGUGGCAGAGCAGUUGAGAGUUUUGAGAGUGUUCUCUUUCGGGUUUUCCUCUUGUUUAUUGGGAAACUCAUCGCAUCCACGAGAAACUUUGCAUGGAUAAUUUUAAAUACCCUCUGAAUUUACUGCAGGAAAGGCAGGAAAUUGCACUAAUUUAUUCAUCUCCUCAGAAAUAACGAAACAUAAGUUGAAAACACUCUUUAGCAGUGCACUAAACUCUGGAUAGUGAGUUUAAUCAGAGAAUUGAGUGCAGCAUUUCACAGAAUAAAAAAAAAUUAAUUGAAGACUAUUAAAUCUGUGUGAAAAUCAUCAACUCUGCAACAUAAGCAUAUGAAUUAGUGAGGUUUUCAGUGCGAAAACACAAUAAUCAUGCCCAGCAACAAUUCACAGAUGCUCAAAACGGAGGAAAUUGUGCAAUUUCUUUUCCCUCACAAUUUUGUGAUUUGUCAUGGAAAUUUAAUAAAAUUACUUCACAUGUGACUUUCAUUGUGAGCCAGAGAACACACACAAAAAAGAUGCCGUGCUUUUCCCACACAGAAAGAGCGAAGAGAAGAGAAGAAGAAGUGGGAGAAUUUUGCCAACUUUUCAGCUUAAAAACUUCCCCUCGAUUUGAGGGUGAAUCGUGAAUAUCAUGCAAGUCAGUGGAGUUCUGAUGGAGGGAAAAUUAUCUGAGAUUGACGUGGAUGAUGGAGAAGAGAUAGUGAAGCGUGUGCAAGAGUGUGCGAAGAACUAGAGGAAAAGUGGAAGGAAAGCGCCGAAGAAAAAGGGAAAAAAAACUCAUAGGUUGUUUAUUUACACAAGCAAAAAGGUAGAUGAAGCGUAGAGAUAUGCAAAUGAAAUAAAAAAUGCUUGAGACAAGGAUUUAGACGCGAAAAUAGAGUGAUUAUUUUAUCUCUUCCAUUGCUUCAUCCGAAAAACUCUGAGAGAAUCACAGAAAAUCAAUAAGCCGGAGAAUAAUUUGAGCAAUUACACUGUCCAUUUUCGAUACCUUAACCCACUCCUGUUCGAUUAAUUGUCUUCAUUGUUUAUUGAAGAUCGUGAGAAAAGACACUGAUGUGAAAAAGGAAAAUAUCCAACUUUUCCCAUGUUGAACAAUUUCAAGCCGGGACGUUUCAUAUUUCAGUGCAAAGAAAUCAAUAAGUCACCGCAAACACCAUCAAUAAAUAAAAUCUAAGCGAUGAUGGUUUCUUUCCAAUAAAAAAAAAAGGUGAAAAUGAAAAUAUUAUUCUUCGUUGCCGAGAUUCUUCUUCCCCACUAUCCAAUUACCAAGAAGCAAUGUUACAAAAAGAAAUAAAGAAGAAACAACAAUGUACUCAACAUGUGUUAUUCACGCAUUAUUGCGAAAAAAUAGUGAAAAAUAAAUGAUUGUUGCAAUAAGAGAA